CCCUGGAGGAGGGCAUAGCAACCCAGUCCAGUAUUCUUCCCUGGAGAAUCCCCAUGGACAGAGGAGUCUGGAGGCCUACACAGUCCAUAGGGUCGCACAGAGUCAGACACGACUGAAGCGACUUAGCACGCACGUGACGUUUCUUACCUUGGUCCCUGCACGGAGUAACCUGGUCGCCUAUGUGCCUGCUUGGGCCCCUCCCCUGCGUGCCGAAGGACUUCCGACCCGGAGUCCGCUGUCAACCCAAGGGAUAGCAGACUUCCCCACCCUGGAUGCCACCAUAGGGAGACGGUUACGUUAUUCCUACAUCCCUUCCCGGUUCUGGGCCGCCGCGGAGUUCAGCUUUUGCAAACUACGCCGGCGCGAGAUGGACUGUUCGAUUGGCUAUUUGUUGCGAUGAGCCGGCAAAUAGAAGCUACAUGCAGCGGAGGAGGAGGAAGAGAUGGACCCCCCGGACUCGGCCUCGAGGGUCUUCUGUAGCCGCAUCCUGAGCAUGGUGAAUGCGGACGAUGUCAGCGCCAUCAUCCUGGCCCAGAAGAACAUGCUGGACCGCUUUGAAAAGACCAACGAGAUGCUGCUCAACUUCAACAACCUGUCAAGUGCCCGCCUGCAGCAGAUGAACGAGCGCUUCUUGCACCACACAAGGACCCUGGUGGAGAUGAAGCGGGACUUGGACAGUAUCUUCCGCAGGAUCAGGACACUGAAAGGGAAGCUGGCCAGACAGCACCCGGAGGCCUUCAGCCACAUCCCAGAGGCAUCCCUCCUGGAGGACGAAGAUGAAGACCCCAUCCCGCCUAGCACCACCACCACCAUUGCCACUUCGGAACAGAGCACAGGCUCGUGUGACACCAGCCCUGACACCGUCUCCCCCUCCCUCAGCCCAGGCUUCGAGGACCUGUCCCAUGUCCGGCCUGGUUCCCCCGCCAUCAACGGUCGCAGCCAUACAGAUGACGAGGAGAUGCCGGGCGAGUAGCCCCGCUCCCAGGAGCUCCGAGCGGGUCUCAGGGCAGCAGCAGCAUCGCUCCCCAGAUGUCUGAAGUGGCGGCUGAGAACCCUGCCCCGAGACACUCAGCUUUGCCACCCUAGUCUGUCAUUUAGGGCUUGCCGAGGGGACAAGGCUCCCUCCCUAGAAUUCCUGGGGAUCUUUCAUUCCUGCUCCUUCCUGAGAACAUCUCUCUUCUGUGGAUCCCUGUAUCAGACUGGGGAUGACCAGUCCAUCUGGAGUUGGGCUGAGCACAGGGAGCUUUUCCAGAGUCAGGCCUUAGGUCUACUCUGAACAACACUUAAAGCUUCCCAGAGAUCAGAGCCAGAUGUCCCCUACCCCAGCCCCCUGGUCAGAACCCCCUCAAGACAGUCAAGCACUGUCAUAUCCAAGUUCACCGAGCCCACCCCUGCGCCUACUAAUUCUGGUCUUCUUGCCCCUUCCUCUAAUGAAAGUACUGAAUCCUUUCUCCAUUCAUUAUCUCAAGGAGGUUUCUGAAACAGAUGUAGAAGGCUCAAGACAGAGAUUAGCCAUCCACUCAGCCCCAAGCCUGGUUGGGCCGUUUCUCUGACCGGAGGUGUAGACCUCUAGGGCCUAACAAGCCUCUCCUUGGGCCUUUGUGGAGCAAGCCGAGCAACCUUGGAAAACAGAGUUAAGUGGAAUAUUUUUGUACCCGAUGUUUACAGAUGCUGUUGGGAAGCUAUCAAUAAAGAGACUCUGUUACUAAAAAGGGGAGGGUGUAA